AUGUCCGGCCCUUUGGCUGUCGAUGUAAUUGGCAGCACCUUGAAAUACACAUCUCACACAGGCGCUGAGUGCUCGAUCGACUUCAAUGACAUCCUCUGCGUGUUGUCCAGUGGACCUACGUAUCACGUCUUAUUCUUCCAAAACUUCAACCCGGAAGACCCUACGUCUGAGGAUUUCGUCUUGAAGAAGAUCAAUAUUGCAACCUUACCUGCAGCACUACGUCCAUUUUUAUCCACGAUUCCUAGCCACCUUCGACAUGAAGAUACGCCCAUCGUACAGGUUGUGGUAUCUACAGGAUCAGGAACGGGAAGAGCCAAGACAGUCUUUGAGAACGCUGUGCGGCCAUUCCUCACAUAUAUUGGGCUAGAGAAAGUCGAGGUCCAUGAAACGAACUCGGCGCAAACGAUCAUCGAACUGACGCAAUCGAAUUUCUUGGAGCGUGCUCAAAAUGGUGUCCCUCAAACCAUCAUACUCCUGAGUGGUGAUGGGGGUCUUAUUGACAUCCUCGAAGGUUUCUACAAAUCCAAAAUGACGAUUGGUGUAUCUCCCAUUCUUGCACUAAUCCCCUGUGGGACGGGAAACGCCAUGGCAAGUUCUAUCGGAUUACGGUCUGGUCCAGUGCCAGGUCUUUCCACGCUACUCCGAGGCAACCCAUCUCCUAUACCGGUCUUUGCGGCCAAGUUUUCGCCUGGCAGUCGCCUAGUCAUCGAUGAAGGUCGUCAGCGAGCCGAUAUCGAUGCCGAUGGUUCCCAUACAUUAUACGGUGCCGUUGUUGCGAGCUGGGGGUUCCAUGCCGCAUUAGUUGCGGACAGUGACACAUUCGAAUAUCGCAAAUUUGGAAGCGAUCGAUUCAAAAUGGCUGCAAAUGAACUACUUUAUCCUGCGGAUGGCACUGCGUCUCACAAAUUCAGAGGAAAACUCACAGCAUCUACGUCAGAUGGUCCCAAUGGGGCUCGCCGCGAAGUAGCAGUGGGAGGGCUUGAGCACAUGUAUGCGCUUGCUACAAUGGUCCCGCGACUUGAAAAGGACUUCCUGAUUUCCCCAGACUCGGUGCCUCUGAGUGGAAAUAUGAGACUCAUCCACUUCGGGCCAAUGUCAUCGGACAGCGCGAUGAAUUUGAUGACUCUGGCAUAUCAGGGGGGUCGACAUGUGACGGAAGAUACGGUCUCUUAUAUCGAUAUUGAACAGCUCCGAAUCGAUUUUCAAGAAGACGAGGAGAGGUGGCGACGCGUCUGUAUUGAUGGAAAGAUCGUGGCUGUUGAGAAAGGUGGAUGGGUGGACAUUUGUAAAGAGGCUGGCCGCUUACUGAACUUGAUCAACUAG